AUGGAAAAGAAGCACUCUUUGGCAUCUAGCCACAAUAGUGACGGAAAAUCACCCAUCUCCGAAUUGGAGCCCGCUAUCUCGUCAACUCUAGGAAAAAAUGGCGGACAAAUGAGCAAACAACUCGACGUAUCGUUGGCAUUACCCGGUAUGCUCGGUGAGCACGACGACGAGGAGCUUGAUCCCGUUGAGGCAAGAAGGGUUAAGAGAAAGUUAGACCGAAGGAUACUGCCGUUAUUAAUGCU